GGGCGCCCCGCAGCCAAUGAGCGCGCGUCUCGCGGAUCCCCACUCCAGCCCCCCUCUCCCGCCAUGGAGCCCGCGGCCACCAGCAUCCAGGUGCUGCUCCAGGCGGCCGAGUUCCUGGAGCACCGUGAGCACCGGCACCCGCUCGGCCUGGCCGAGGCCGAGCACGGCUACGCCGCGCUCUGCCCUCCGCCGUCGCGCCGGGCCGUGGGCAGCGUCAGGUCGGUGCACAACGAGCUGGAGAAGCACAGGAGAGCCCAGCUCCGGUGCUGCCUGGAGCGGCUGAAGCAGCAGGUACCGGUGGGCGCGGGGCCGUCCCGUUCUACCACGCUGAGCCUCCUGCACCGUGCCCGGCUUCACAUCCAGAGGCUGGAGGAGCAAGAACUGAGGGCACGAAGGGCCAAGGACCGGCUGCGGGACCGGCAGCGGAGCCUACAGCGGCGGCUGGAAUUGCUGCUCUUGCCCACUGAUGGGGAACGGGCACGGGCCGACAGCCUGGACUCGUCCCAGCUCUCAGAGCCCUCCGAGGAAGAGGAUGCCGAGGUAGAGGUGGAUGGUGUGAUGUUCAGCGAGGACCUGCUGGCCAGCUUUGGCACCGGGAGGGACCACAGUUACUCCAGCCCCCACAGCCCUGCAUCCUGACAGCGCCCACUGCCUUCUCUGCACUGCCCACCUGCUUUCUUCCUGCUGGAAACCCGGCCUCGGCCAGCCUCAUCACAGCUGCCAGGGUAAGGGGCCACAGGUGGGGGCAAGAGUCCGGCUUUACCCCCCACAGCUGGGUGGCACUGGCUGUGGCACUGGGUGCAUGGGGCUUGCACUGCACUGUGGCAGCUGCUGUGCACCACAAGGCACUGGAAGAGGUGCUGGAAGAAGGCCCAGCUGUCACCAAGGACACCCUCCUGCCUCCCCCUGUGCACCCCAGGCAGUUUGGGAGCUCUCUGGUGCGGGUAUGGGGUGGUGCUGCCCACUGCAGACACGACUACAGGAAGGGUCUCCUGCCCCUGGAGUCCCAGGAAGGGGAAACGAGCGCAUUAAGUGACCUGUCUUUAUGCUCCUGCAGCCACCCUGCUCUCUUGUACAGACCCAACACUUUAUAGUAAAGGCACUUGGUAAAACCCUG